CGCCGGCCGUGCGGCCCCCCUUCCGGCCGUUCCGAUUGGCUGCUUUUUAAUUUAGGCAAAGUGGCGUCGGAGCUGGAAGUCGCCCCCCUGCCUUCCCCUUCUCCCCCCCCAACCCCCCCGCUUCCCUCCAUCCCUCCUCCCUCUCCCCUCCCUCCUUUCCCCCCAUCCCUCCUUGCCCUCAUCCCUCCGCCUCUUAACUCUUCCUGCCCGGCGGACACACGCACCUCGCAGCUCUCCCGCCGCCGCUCGGGCAGGGGCGAGCGCGGAAGCGGGGGGAGGGAGGAUAAUAAUUAAUAAUAACAACAACAAUAAUAAUAACAAUAAUCACGGCGCCAAAGCCGGGCGAGGGGGGAGCGGCGCGGAUGCCACCCCCGUGCACACUUAUUCCCCGCCCCGGCACUGCCCGCAUCGGCAGCGAGAUCUGCUCCCCCCCCGCUCCUCUGCCGGCAGGCGCCCGCCCCCCGCCCGCCCCCUCCUCUCUUUGUCCGCCCCCGCACCCCAGGGUGCGCUCAGGCCCCCGGCCGCCCGCCCGCAGCCGUCACGCCGGGAGGCCGGCCCGGCAGCCCCGGCGAAGGGCCUCCCCGUCGGCGGGGGAGGCGGCUAGGCGAGCCGGCGGCCGGGCUUGCCCUGCUAGCUGCGAUCUCUCGCGGGGAGCCGGCCCCGCGGCAUGAAAUGCUGUAUUAUUUCUCGUCCAGCGGAAAGAGUUAAGGGGGGCGGGGGAAGGCGGAGGAGCGAGGGGGAGAGAUGCGACCGAGCGGAAACGCUGCGCACAGGCAACCUCAGUGAACCACGGAAAAGAGAAAGUGGCAACAAAAACAAGGGCGAAUUGAACGCUCCUCGGGGACCACCGGUGCAAUAACACCGUUCGGACAUCCAGGGGACACGGCGCUGCUGGUGAUCGUGCCGCGCUGUCCCACGCACGCAGCCCCGCACACGCUUUCCUAAGGGAGGGCUGCGCGGGGGCCCGCGCAGGGAAAACACUCGCGGGGUGGGCAUUAAAACGAGGAGCUUCACCCCUCGCCUGGUCCUGCCCGCCCCGCUCCCCUCCUCCGCAACCUGAAUGAUUUGGCCCCGGGAGGCGACGAGCUGCCUCCCGCUCUUCUCGCUCCUCCGCGCCCGCGGAGCGAGUCCCGCCGGCCGCCAGGCAGCCGGUGUUGAGGGUUCCGUCCAGCCCUCGGCUCGCACGGCUCCAAAUUACCAUAGUAGGUAGGUUUAGAAAAAACAUUAAAGAGAAGCGUACGGGUCUGAAGGGCACUAGUAACUAAACCCCAAACAUAACGAUUUUUUUGUUGUUGUUGUUCCCAUGCGUCCUCCAAUGGUUUCUUUUUUAUAUAUAAAAGAUCCAACACAGAUUUCAUUGAAUAAAUCUGAGAUCUCCAGGUGCAGACGUUUGAAUAGUCAGUGCCAGAACCCCAUGUUUUCCUUUCCAGCCGAUUUUGCUUGGAUCAGGCUCAAAAACCGAGUGAGUCUCGUGGUUUUGUUUACACUGAAUGGGGAGGAUAGGAACGGUGCCAUGGGGCCGUCUUUCAUUAAUAUACAGUGAGGAUUUUGUCUAAAUUACUGCUAUGAAUUUCACAGUACACGCUUUCAAAAGCCGUCUCAGGUGGCCUGAUGAAACGUGAUAGCGCCUCUGCAAACAGAUCUACUUUCUUAAUAAAAAAGGAAGGGAGGGGGGACGAAAUCCCCCCCCAAAAAAAAAAAAAUGUACACCCUCAUAACAGUGACAACAAAAAAUAAAGCUCAAGCUCGAGUAAUAUUUUUUAUUUAAAAAAAAAAAAAAAAGGGAAGAAAAACCCAAACCAAAAAACAAACCACAACAACUUAGUUCCCCAACUCUUCCCACCCCCUCCCUUGCAGAGUGUGAUUGUUUUGUCUGGAAAAAAAUCCAAAGUAUAACAAGGGGAGAACAGUUAGUGCUGAUUUUCAUUUGCAUAAAUUUUCAUAUAUUUUGGUGAAAAUAAUAGACUAGUGGAGAGCGGGGCUUAGUGGAGUCAGUGCAAAGGAAAAUCUUAACAUGGAUCGUUUCGCUGGAGUUGAGAACAUGCUUUUUAUCCCCCUGUCACCUUAUUAAAAUCAAAAAUUAAAAAAAUCUCUAAAUCCUGGAAGUAUGAUCGGAGUCUGUCCCUGAUACUAGUCCAAAGGAGCUGCUUUUGGGAAUUGCGUGUCCGACUCCGGUGUUUUCCUGCUAAGGAAGAGACCCACUCUGUUCUCCAGUCAUGUUACAUGGAUUUCUCUCUCUCCAAGCAAUUCUUCAGCAUCCCCUUGAAUGGCAUCUACUGCACAUAUUUUUUUCAUCCCACAAGGCUGAUUCAGCUUCCCAUAACUAAAGACUCCAGAACAGCUCUUCUCUAGAAGACAUCCUCCCUGAUUUCUUGUGGGACCUGUAAGAUGACUGAAGUUGUAGGUCCCAUUGACCUCCAGUGGCUUAAAGUCCUCUAAGAGAACAGGGUACACUGAGGAAAAUGUUGGCAAUGUCUGCUUCAUACAAGGGCCCCAAAGUCUUCCAGAAUAACUGGGAUGAGGUGACCAAAUUUGAAGACAGUAUUCAAAUACCAUGCAUGUGUGCAAGUGGUACCCAAGCUCUGUGGCCUCCUGUUUAUUGUACCACAUACCUCCAUGCCAGGUCCAGGGAAGACCACUUUGAAAAUGAGCUGCUUGAUGGCUGCAGAAGUAAUGACAGAUCUGAUCUAGAGCUGAGCACCCUUCUCACUGAAAAACACAUCAGGAGUGAUGUGCCCAUGGGACAGCUGCUGGCACUCUGGACAGACACACAGGGGAGUCCUACUUGCAAGGAUGACUUCUUCCACUGUGCCUGUUUGCUUCCUGUGGUGUGUUGUUCCAUGCAGCACUGGAAAGAACAUUGGAAGUUGGAGAACCACAGUGACAGACAAAUAAGGAUUUCUUGUGAGUUUACAGUUUGUGAAACAUUGAUUGUUGUAUAAUUAACAUACCAGUUAAUUUGGAUUUUCGGUUUCAGUAACCAAUGUGUUUUAAUGUUUAAAUUUGAUUUGAGCAUCUCUAACAAAGCUCCGCUAUUCAUUUGUACAUAUUUGUAUUUUGGUUGAAGAUUAUAUACAUAUCUAUCUCAAUGAUUACUUUAAACAGUGUUCUAUAUCUGCUACUUCUACCAAACCUGGAACACUUGCUUUAAGAUUAUGCUUGUCAAAUUUACCUAGUGACCAGGCAAAUACAUACGACUAAUUUUGUUAUAGGCAAAAUUAACUAAUGCUCUUUUUCAUGGUGAGAUGCUGUAAUGAUUUUAUAUAGCAGUCAAACUGUUUAAAUACUAAUGCUGCCUUCAUGCUGUAAUCACCAUUCCAGUCAGAUGUCAUUUUUAGUAGCCCAUAGGGAAUUCCAUCCCUUAAUUAUUCUUCAAUACACAAACCAAGCAUUCUUUAAUUGGUGUAAAUUGAACAGUGUUCCAAUGCAAACAAGGAGAGGACAAACUAAUCAAUGAUUCUGUGCAUGUCUAUUGGAAAGCUAUUGCCAUUAGAUCAAGUAACAAAUCCUUGACUCCAUUAGCUUCAGAGGAACGAUGGGGGAAAAUACUGCUAGUGCUACUCCUUGUUAUCAAUCAGUGGUGGUAAGCGUGCAGCAAAUCCUAUAGCAGAACUCCAGCUUUUCUUGAAAGUGCUCGUGGAAAUUUAAAAUAUGAAAAUAUUCUGACUCCAGAAUCCCCAGUCUUACGUCUUUUUUAGGGGUUUGUCUGGGAACAAUGUGUUUUUAUCCUCUGCUACCUCUAGACAUGUGGGCUGUUUUUUAUUUUUCCCUUUUAGAUCAAUGACUCUUGAAUGAUAACAUAACUUUUUUCAACUUGUCAGGGAAUUUUGGUGACUUUUCUUGCUCUCCCGGGCUAUGCUCCAUACAUUCAUAUGUAUUCUCUACUGCAGCACAACGUAAAUUGUGUGUCUCUCGUCUCUUUAAUACAAUCUGAAAUAAAGGUGCUGUAUUUAAGAAACAGAUGAAAAAUCUGUCUCAUAUAUGUGUCAUACUCACUUUUCAUUCUUGUCUCUUUUUAUCAAUUCUCUAAAACUGAUUAUUUAUCACUGGGAAGGGAAGUAAAAAAAAAAAAAAAAAGCCCAUUACAAACCUCUGGCCCAGAUCUGCCAGUCUUACAGUUUUAGUUAGUGUGGAAAGCAAAACUCUUCUGGAAAUAAAUACACUGGCUAUGGAUGUUCACUUUCUAAUCUAUUUGUUUUUGAUAUAAUAUGCUAUUUACUGUUUAAGGACCUUUCAUGUUGGUUUAAGUCGAAGUUUUUAAAACCAGUCUAGCAUAAAAAGCUCUAAGUGACAUAGACAGGGUAGAGAAAUACUGUGUCUUCUACAGACAGCCUUUGUUCACAACAUUACAGUUGAAAGAAGCACAGAGCAGGCUGAGUAGAUAACCCACCUUCUUAAAACAAGAGGGCUUCUAAUUUCCACACAUCCUAAUCACAGUCACAUUACUUCAGUCUCUGUACCAGACCCCUCAGGGCUGGCUCUAGGUUUUGCUGUGAAGUCACAUGCGUGGGGCCUGAGGCACUUUUCCAUGAUGCUUGCAGCAGGGGAGUAUGAGAUUUAGGGUUUUUAUUUUAUUUUAUUUUAUUUUGUUUUGUUUUGUUUUGUUUUGUUUAGUUUUCCCCUCUCAUUUUGCUGGUUGGGAUUCUCUAACUGUCUCAGUUGUCAUGGAUCGCUGGCUUGGGCAGUAGAGAAAAGAGUAGCGCUAAGGUAAAUCACUCUCAAGGUUUCAUACUUGUUUGCUAUGAGGAUGCUGCAAUAUUUUUUUCUGAGGGAAAGGGAGCUUUACCCAUUGCCUCCUUUCCCAAACGAGUGUGCAUAAUUUCCAGGUAACAAAUUCCCCUCUGUUUUCCUACUCUUGUUUCUUUGCUGGUUAGUUCUUGUGUGUGGUUAUAUUAUUCCUCAACAAAGUAAAGUGUCUCAUCUGAUUUAAGGUAUCUUUCUUCUCCCUGUUACUCUUCAGCAUCUUCUGUGGUAGGUAUAAAAGCGAUGCUGAUGCCAGCAAGUAGUUAGGAGACUUAGAGUGGGGUUUCUGUAGAGCUGAAGGGGCUUUUCAAGAGUCCUAAACUACCCCUUUGCUCCUCACUCUGCUAAGAGCAAGUUUGGAAAGGCAGGGGAUCCUUUGGAGUCUGUGUCUGCUGCCUUUUGGAGAUGCAGACCCUGAAACAAAGAAAUGCCAAGUACAUGGGGCCCAAGCACCUGGGAGGCACUCCACGAAAGCUUGUGGGGCUGCUGCAGGGUGCAGGUAGGAUACAUGCUUUGAGAUGACACCAGACCAUGGAGUCUGUCUCUGCCAUGUUAUGCGAAAGAGGGACCUUUUAUGUUGCCAUACUAUGCCAAAGAGAAAACUUUAGCAAAGCAAAAUGUUAAAUAAGAGUUUUUUCUAAAAAGUUUGUCAAGUCAAACUUCUCUGUAAAGCUUAUGAAUUCCACUUGUUUAAAAGAAGACAGUUGUUGAGCCACUGUUUAUGUACACAGGAUCAAGUCUUGCUGGAGUUGAAAUCACACAAGAAAAGAAUCAGGCCAACUUCAAAACAACACUCAAGAUCUAAAUGACACCACUGAGAGGAUUUAGUGUAACAAGUUUACCUGAAGUUGUGAAACAACCAUUUGCAGCUGUAUGUCAAAUGAGGCUUGGGUUAUAAGAAAGGGCUAAAAUUUGUCAUCUGAUAGAACAAAGCAAGGUAUUUUUAUUUUGGUUUCUUGUUCAAAGAAAAGCCCCAGUUCGUUGACAGAAUUUCAGCAGAAUAAUUUUUUAAUCACCAUUAUAUUCCUAGUCAUAUCUAGCCUUCAAAGUCCAUUUUAAAACUCCUCACUGAUUUCCUUGGGAUUAUAUCCUUCAAAAUGGAUGUCAGGAGGAACAAAUACUUGCCAAAUCUAUGCCAUUGCCUGGCAGUCCCAAGGGAAAUGCCCUUCUGAUCCCCACAAGGCAAUCUUCAGUCACCAUUUUACAGGAUAAGGAAUAUUCUGCCCUUCCCAAGGAGGAAUGAAAGAGAGCAAGAGAGGCUGUGUGGGGUGUGAAGUGUCGCUCCCUGUUUGAGACAAAGAGACAAUGAUAGCACACGAGCAUCCAAUGGAAAAGAAGGCAGCAGAAGGUAUUUGUAAAGCAGCUAGAAUAUUUAAUGUUGUUGCUUCAAUGUAAACAGGUAAAAAUGUAUUCAUAUAAUAUAUUGAUAUGUCCUAGUUUUAGAGUGUGACAAUAUCUUAACAUGUCUUGUAGCUUGGUAUAUACUUUAACACUUUUGUAGACUCCUCCAGAGACUAUUCUGAUUUGAAAGAUUUAUGUUUUAAACAAUAUGACCUUUUUAAAAUUUAAGAGUGAAGUGCUCUAUUAAUGUGAAUUUUAUUUAUUUUUACAUCUAAUAAACUGAUACUACCUGGACGAAAUAAACAUUCUCCCUUAAACUUUCAUAAUUCCACUUUCAUUCUGUGUGUCUUUAUCUAACUGCUAUUAUACCAACGUUGAGCCAGAAUCUGAGAUUCCUUUGCCUUGUACCUCUCUGCUUGGUUGCAGUCGUAGUGGCUCUGAUUCUAAAAGCUGCUGAAUAAACCUCAACUUCCAUGAUAAA